AUGGCACAGAGCGAGCUCCCGAAGGUGACGAUGAUCCGCGGCGAGAAGCGGUUUGACGUGCUGGUGUGGCAGUCCCGCAUUAUUCCGUAUGCAAGCUACAUCGCAACGUGCGACAUGGAGGGAGGUGCCGACGUGGCGGUGGUCGGCAUGAAACAACGUCUGAAUAAGAGGAGGAGAGGUCAACUGGUUUAUGGCUUCGGCAGAAACGUAGGGAGCUAG